GGAGGCAGUUGCUGCUAUACACAUGGGCAGAGUAGGGGUUCUACCGCGCCGUCUUCCGAGCUUUCGGUCCGCGCGGCAGACCGGACCUGCCGUAUGAACUUCUUGUCCCUUCCGCGCCAGCUUCCGUGACCUCUGCUCCCCGUGAUUCUGCCCUUGCUGAUAUGCCUGCUCCAAGAAUCCCGUGAGAACGAGAGAGUAGCUUUCUGGUGCCAGUGCCCUGCUGUUCAGGCAAAAAUUUACUAUCAUUCUCACAGGAUGGCAGCUCUUGGUCUGUCUCCCACGUGUGUUAUGUCCAACCAGGAGCCUGCCUGUGCCCAUGAGUCAGAAAUUCCUCUGUCUUCAAAAGACCAUUCCUGUCCCCAGGAUGUGGAUCUGUUUGCAUGCAAUGGCCUGGAGCCUCACACAUCAACCAGUGUUGGUUCCCAGGAGUACGUGACUUUUCAGGAUGUUGCUGUGGACUUCACUGAGAAGGAGUGGCCCUUGCUGGAUUCUUCUCAGAGAAAACUGUACAAGGAUGUGAUGCUGGAGAACUAUAGCAACCUUGCCUCAGUGGGGUGUCAGGUGGGCAAGCCCAGCCUCAUCUCCCACUUGGAGCAGGAAGAGGAGCUGAGGACAGAGGAGCAGGAACUUCACCAAGGCCCUUGUCCUGAUUGGGAGACUCCAUCUAAAACCAAAUGGUCAAUUCUUAUGGAAGAUAUUUUUGGGAAGGAAACAUCUAAUGGUGUGACAAUGGAAAGCAGUCGGCUUGGAGAGAAAUCCACUGAAUAUGCCAACCUAUUUGACGUCUUCAGCAUGGGCGCUCAUCUUACUCAGCAAAUGGGAAGGCACACCGGCAAGAGGCCCUAUCACCGCCGGGACUGUGGGGUGACUUUCAAGAACAGAUCCCAUGUAACCCAACAUGUGAACAUUUACAAUGGGAGGAAAAUGCAUGAAUGUCAUCAGUGCCAAAAAGCCUUCACCACGAGUGCUUCCCUUACACGGCACAGGAGAAUACAUACCGGGGAGAAACCCUAUGAGUGCAGUGCCUGUGGGAAAGCUUUCAAUGACCCCUCAGCCCUCAGGAGUCAUGCAAGAACUCACCUCACAGAGAAGCCCUUUGAAUGCAGUCAGUGUGGAAACGCAUUCCGAACCCUCUCCUCCCUGAAGAUACACAUGAGAGUUCACACUGGGGAGAGACCUUACAAGUGUGACGAAUGUGGGAAGGCGUAUGGCCGGAGCUGCCACCUCAUUGCACACAGAAGAACACACACUGGAGAGAGACCGUAUGAAUGUCAUGACUGUGGGAAAGCUUUCCAGCAUCCCUCACAUCUCAAAGAGCACGUCAGGAAUCACACUGGAGAGAAACCCUACGAAUGCACACAAUGUGGAAAAGCCUUCCGAUGGAAGUCCAACUUUAACUUGCACAAGAAGAACCACAUGGUAGAGAAAACAUAUGAGUGCAAAGAGUGCGGGAAAUCCUUUGGUGACCUCCUGUCACGGAGAAAACACAUGAGAAUUCACAUUGUAAAGAAGCCCGUUGAAUGUAGACAGUGUGGGAAGGCGUUCAGAAACCAGUCCAUCCUUAAGACACACAUGAACUCCCACACUGGAGAGAAACCAUAUGGGUGUGACCUCUGUGGGAAAGCCUUCAGUGCAAGCUCCAACUUAACUGCACACAGGAAAAUACACACUCAAGAGAGACGCUACGAAUGUGCUGCCUGCGGGAAGGUCUUUGGUGAUUAUUUAUCCCGGAGGAGGCACAUGAGCAUCCAUCUUGUAAAGAAACGCGUGGAGUGCAGACAGUGUGGGAAAGCCUUCAGAAACCAGUCAACCCUUAAGACACACAUGAGAAGUCACACAGGAGAGAAGCCCUAUGAGUGUGAUCACUGUGGGAAGGCCUUCAGCAUUGGUUCAAACCUUAAUGUGCACAGGAGGAUACACACUGGGGAGAAGCCCUACGAGUGCCUGGCCUGUGGGAAAGCCUUCAGCGAUCAUUCAUCCCUCAGGAGUCAUGUGAAAACACACCGGGGAGAGAAGUUCUUUGUGUCAUCAGUGUGGAAAAGGCUCCAGUGACCCACCUUUUUAAAGAGAAACACGAGAGUGUAGACCGGAAGGGAGCCCAGCAGGUGUAAGGAAGGCAGGAAGCCUUGAUGAACUCAUCUCACUGGGCACAAAACAGUGUGUUAACUUGGGAGAAAUCCAAUUUGCAUAAUAACUGUGGAAAGACUUGGGUUUUUCCACAGCAUUUUGGAGAUAUGGGAGAACUCACGAUAGGUGAGAAGACAUAUAUCUGUGAUGUGAAGAAGCCAUUAGUGUAUGUUUAGGUCUCAACAAAUGAGAACUUAGGGAGAGAAACCCUAGUCUCAUAUUUAAUGUCAAAAUGACUUCAGCAUCACCUUGUACCUUAUGGAUACAAGAGUAAGCACACCAGGGAGGAUCUCUGUAAAUUCCACGAUUGGACAAACCUUUCCUGGUCUCACUGUAUUCCUCAUGAGAGAAAUCACCCUGAGGAAAAAAACCUAUGAAGUAAGGAACGUGGGAAUAUUGAUAACGGAUUGGCAAACUAUGGCCAGCUGUCUGUUUUUGUGCAGCUGGCAAGCUAAGGAUAGUUGUUGCAUUUUUAAAGAAGGAAAAGGUGUGCCAGAGACCAUUUAGACCACAAAGUCUAAAAUACUCAUUGUCUGAUCCUUUACAGAAAAAAAUUUGCCCAUCAUUGGUCUACAGCAGUGGUUCUCAACUGGGGAUAACUUUGCUCCCCAGGGGACACUUGGCAAUGUCUGGAGACAUUUUUGGUUGUUAAAACUGGGGAGGUGCCACUGGCAUGUUUUGGGGAGACAUCGGGGAUGCUGCUAAAUAUCCUACAAUGCACAGGGGCUUCUCACAAGAGAGAAAUUAUGUGCCCCCAAAAUAUCAGUAUUGCUGAGGUUAGCCAACAAUCCCUCAAUUUUUCAUGGAAGUCGUGGGUACUCACACUAAGAGAGAUUUCAAUUUAAAACUUCAAAAUUAUAAUCAGUAUAAUUUUUUUUCAGGAAACACGUGAGACCCCACACUGCAGACAGUCCCCAUGUGGAGAUAAUAUUAUCCACAGCCCUCUCACUUGUGCAUAUGAGAAUUCACUCCCCAGUGGGAUUUCUUAGUACAUACAGAAUUACACUUAUCAGUCAGUCUUUCGUCAUGAAAACGGACCCCAGCUCCUUAAUUUUUACGUCUUUAUUUUUAAGCUUAUGCUCUUCCAAAUAACCCUUUUGCCUCAUCACAGAAGGUUUGUAUAUAGCAUUUUUACUAUAAUUUCAUUCUUUAUAUGUGUUCAUUUCCUGAUGGACAACUUGACCAAUGAAAUUUUUUAGAAUAGUGUUUGUUAUGUGCUGUGUAACGUGGGUAUUUCUAGUACCUGUUUGUUACAAGUAUCUAAUGCAAAUUUGAUCAGAGCGGGAUGUCUUCAUCAGAUGGGUCCUUUGGAAUGUUUUUGGUCUCCCAUCCAGCCAAGAGUAACAUACACUUACGUUAUAGUUGCUCCUUCAGUAUUUCAUAUUCUUUCAUAUCAAGAAAAUCCAGUCUUUGUCUGAGUAGUAAGGUGUGCUAUUUUUAAAAAUCUCUUACAGGUUUUUCCUGCAGCUAAUACAGCCCUUGUCCACAGCCCGACCAUUGACAAAUAAAUGUAUGGGCUGUAAAAAAGCUUUUGAAAAAGAGUCAUUCUUACCUGGAUUCUUCUCUAUGUUUUCUUUAUUUUCUUGCUCUUCUCUUUACUUCUCACCUUGAAAAGAGAUUCAGUACCUUGUAACCGUGAGGAUGCAAGCCACAGGCUAAGGGGUAGACACUGCAGAAAAAUCACAAUGAUCCUUGUUCCCCAGUGGCUUCUUUGGGUGUCUGCACUAGCCCUGGAUUUGUUAUUUCCAGACUCCUAUUAUGUGAGAAAAAAUAAAACCGAUUAUUGGUUUAAGCUGCUUUUGAUAUUCAUUGUUUAAUCUUUGUAAUCAUUAUUUUAUUGGUGGUGGGGGUGGGGGUUCUGCUAUACUCCAGCUGGAUGCUGUCUAUAACCCGUACAUCUGGUUAUCAGUGAGGUUGGAGAGCUGCUAUAUGUGUGGGUAUAAUCUGCUUAUGUUGAUACUUUUAAUUGUUGGAUAUGGGUUUUUUAAAAUCCUGAAGUCAUGUUUUUAAAUUGUAUUUCAAAUCUCUGAUGUACUUAAACAUUAUUUCUUGACUUGUGUUGAAAUAAGUGUAUUAGUUUUCGCAAAAGCCCUGAGAAGUAGGUACCACCAGUAACUCUUUUGCAUAUGGGCAAUCUGAGGCAAGGAAGUUUAAGGUUACUUGUGUGAGGUCAACUCGUUAGCAAGUAGUAAUGUCUGUGUUUUGAGUCCAUAUCACUUUUAUGUCAGGCCCUUUUCUGUGCCCUGAGUCUCUAGCAGUGAAUCAGGAUUUUUGUCUUCUUGGUGCUCACAUCGUACUUGGGAUUAAGGUGCAAGGUAAACAUGUGAAUACAUAUAUCCUAUAUCAGAUGGUGGUCAGUUCAGUGCUGGGAAAUUUAAGCCUGGUGAUAAUGAGAGGGAUGUGGGGUUCAGUGGAACUAUUGGAUCGAUAGGGAAAGCCUUUUGUUUAAGGGGACAUUUGAGCAGAGAUGUAAAUUCACUGCAAUUGUGCACCAUGCUGUAAUGUGGGGAAGAGCACCUUUGGCAGUUCAAAGGUCAUGGAAAAGAAUUUUACUUGGGACAAAGGGGCCAGUGUGACUGGAGUGCAACAAGCUUGGGAGUCGCAGAAUGUGUUGAGGUCAGAGCUAGAUUGGGGUCUUGUUCAUGGGGGUAUCUUGUGGGUUAACUGAAAGAACUUUG